CCGGGCGGGUGAGCUGUCGGCUGCAGGGCGGAGGGCUCGGCAGUCCCUUUUUAAAAAGAGGCCUCUCUCCCACCUCCGAGCCCUCGGCCCGGGCCCAGGUGGCCGGGCCUUACCUGCCCGCAGGUCCCCCCCCCCCGCCGCCGGGGGCCGGUCCCUGGGAGCCGCGGAGCGUGAAGGUGGAGUCUCGAGGCGCGGGGUCCACACGGAGGCCUGGACAGCGUGGCCAGGUGAUGGUGGGCCCCUGUGCGUCUCCAGAGGGAAGGCGACCCCCAGAACAGCCGUGUCGCCGGACUGCUCCAGUCCGACGGGCGUUUUGACAUUUAGCCUUAGGGAAACUGGGCAGCUCUCGGUUAAGUGUCCUUAGCAUGCAGCGAUUAAAGAAUUAGGGUCUCCUUCCGCGAGGGACACUGCCAGCGCUUGUGGACUCAGUGCAGAGAAAAAAGGCAGAACGAUGCUGUCAGAGCAAGCCCCAAAGUGGUUUCCAACCCACGUGCAGGUCACAGUGCUCCAAGCCAAAGAUCUUAAACCAAAAGGCAAAAGUGGCACCAAUGACACAUACACUAUAAUUCAACUGGGCAAGGAAAAGUACUCCACGUCUGUAGCUGAGAAAACCCUUGAGCCAGUCUGGAAGGAAGAGGCCUCUUUUGAGCUACCCGGAUUGCUAAUGCAGGGGAAUCCAGAGAAAUACAUUCUUUUCCUCAUAGUUAUGCACAGGUCCCUAGUGGGGCUGGAUAAAUUCUUAGGGCAGGUGGCAGUCAAUCUCAAUGACAUCUUUGAGGACAAACAAAGAAGGAAAACAGAGUGGUUUAGAUUAGAAUCCAAACAAGGAAAAAGAGCCAAAAACAGGGGUGAGAUAAAGGUCAGUAUUCAAUUUAUGAGGAAUAAUAUGACAGCAAGUAUGUUUGACUUAUCAGUGAAGGACAAAACAAGAUCUCCUUUUGCAAAAUUAAAAGAUAAGAUGAAAGGUAGAAAAAAUGAUGGGACAUUUUCUGAUACGUCUUCUGCAAUCAUUCCAAGUACUCACAUGCCUGAUGCCAAUACUGAAUUUUCGAGUGGUGAAAUACAGAUGAAAUCCAAACCAAAAAAGCCUUUUCUUUUGGGUCCUCAGCGACUCUCUUCAGCUCAUUCAAUGUCUGAUUUAACUGGAUCCCACUUGUCUUCUGAGAAAUCCAAGUCUGGUACCAUUAGUCAAACACAUCAUCUUGGGCGCCAGAUAGAUUCCUUUGGAGCAGUUCCAGAAAGUGAAAGUCUCAAAUCUCCACACAGAAGAACAUUAAGUUUUGAUACUUCUAAAAUGAACCAACCUGACAACAGUGUGGACGAAGGUGAAUCGUCUUUUGGAAGACAAAAUGACCCAUUUAGAAAUGUGACUGCUUCAUUACCCCAAAAAUUUGCAACACUGCCAAGGAAGAAAAAUCCAUUUGAAGAAAGCAGUGAAUUAUGGGACAGCAGCAUGAAUUUAUUCUCAAAAUCAAAUGAAGUAAGAAAAGAAAAUAAGAGAGAGAAAAGGGAGAAAGUUAGCCUGUUUGAAAGAGUGACUGGAAAAAAAGAUAGCAGAAGAUCUGAUAAACUUAACAGUGAGGGCGUGGAUAGCCCUUGUGACUUGAAAUCGCCUAAUGCGUUUAGUGAAAAUCGUCAGGACUAUUUCGAUUAUGAGUCAACUAAUCCGUUUACAACAAAAUUCAGGGUUUCAAAUAUAAUGCCAUCUUCAAGUUUUCAUUUGAAUCCAGAAAGCAAUGAAGACCUCAGGAAAAUACUGGACAGCAACCCUUUUGAUGCCACUGCGGGUUAUCGUAGUCUGACUUAUGAGGAGGUGCUCCAGGAGCUUGUGAAACACAAAGAGAUCCUUAGGAGGAAAGACACCCACAUCCGGGAACUUGAGGACUACAUCGACAAUCUCCUUGUACGGGUAAUGGAAGAGACCCCCAGUAUUCUCAGAGUGCCAUACGAACCGUCCAGGAAAGCUGGCAAAUUCUCCAAUAGUUAAUAAGCCAACUGUACUACAUUUAUAAUUAAGAAAGAAAGAAAGGGAAAAAAGAAAACUCAUUAGUAAAAGAGAUUAUAUUAUCAGGUUUCAUUACAUACUCUCCUGUGUCAUUGUGAAAAAUUAUUUUACCUGUAAAUAUUAGCAAAGACUAUCAAAAGAGUGAUUUUUGAAGUGAGCUAAAUAAAAUUUUAAAGUGAAAAUGGGCCAGAUUCUUGGUGAAUUAGCAGUUCCUUAGGAUUUACUUAGGUGCUGGUGCCAGCCCACUAAUCUAUUAGAGGCCUAGAAAAAUCUUCAGAAGUAUGUGACUUAUUCCUCAGGAAUACAUUUCUCAGAAAGCAUAAUUGAUAAUGUUGGUUUCUCAAAAGUCAAUUUGUACACAUAUUUAGCUGCAGGAACACUGCUCAUUAUAAACACUACUGAAAAAACUUCGUCUUUUAUAUACAUAUAUACAUGAAUAUAAGUUCAUGUGUCUUUGCAUAUAAAAUACAUGCAUAUACCUCAUAUAUACAUGAGUUAGGGAACAUAUAAAAAGACUGAUUGCCUCUAAGGUUGGGAUACCAAUUUCUUAAUUUGAAAAUAUUUGUGUGCUCUAUCAACACAAACAAAUCAUCGUUAACUACUAUUACGGUUUGUUUUACAGAAGCUGCUUCAAAUCACUCUUGACUAUGUAAAGCUUGGUUUCAAAGUGAGCUGCUAUAUCUCAUUCCAGCAUCAAAUUUUUGCUCUUUUCCCCUAAAGUAAUGGCCCCAAAUCCUCUAAAGAAUGACAUACUAUAGGAACCUAUUAACUUCACAUCAGCAUGUAGUUCUUUGAAUUAUUUUUUUUGUCUUAACAUUUUUAGUUUUGUUUAAGCUGUAAGCAGAAAAAUAAGAUAAUUUGUUUUGUAGGGAUUCUGCAUGCGUUUAAAUCACUAGAGAGAAAAUAUUAGCAAGUUUAAUCUGAAGACAAUUUUGAGGGGAAAAAAAAAUGUAGGUGAUUGUCUGAUGCCUGAUAACUCAGAGCAGUGUGCAAAUUCUAGGAAUGAAGAAUUAGGCUUGGUUUCAAGUUACAUAAAUAAUAGAACAGAUGGUUGCCUUUGGGUCUUGAACCAAAUAAGAGUUGUGAAAUUAAGGUUUUAAAGCAGAUAUUACAGGCGUAACAUUAUACAUUACUCUACAUCGACCCUUUAAGAAUUGAUUUAUCUUGAAAUUGUAUUUCUUUUUUUCUUAAGUCCACUCCCCCAAAAUGUUGAUUACUUCCAUGGGUAUCUUUAUAUAUUUGUACAAAAUUAGUCUGAAGUUUAGAGUGAGAAACAAUGGUAUGAAAAUGUGACUAAUCAUCUAGUGCUUGUUUUUCAACUCUAAACACCUGAAGUAUGAAACACUGAGAGUACCUGUAUCUUUCUGAAUUUAAAAUGAAAAAUUAGUCUGUAAAUGGAGACUUUCGAAGUCUCCCAAUCUUUUAACAAACUGCAUAUUUUCCAACAUUUAUCUCUAAUAAAACUUCACUGAAAGUAAAAUAAAAAGUGGAAUGAUAAUCUGCUCAUUUCAAUGUUUUGAAUCAGAUAAUACUAGGCCCAGCUUAUAUGCAUAAGCUAAAAUCCCUGGUUAAUUGUAUUUUCUGAAUUUCUUUAAUUUUCCUGGGGGAACGUGCAGUUUUAAAAUUCUGAAAAUGUUUUCCAAGUAAAAAAAGUAAUGAUUUUCUAAAAUUAAGAAAUGGAGAAGGAAAAUUAGCACUUGCCAGUUUUUCCUUCCAGUUAUAAAGUUCUUUAUUAAACCUCAAAAUCUAGAGUAGAAUUUUAUUUUCCCAUUUGAGGUUUUGAUGAUUAGUAUUUUGUUAACAUAGUGACAUUUUUAAUUAACGUUUAUUAAAUAUUACAAAAUUUUUAGCAUUUGGUUUUUCCAUUCAUAUAAUUGAGGCUCUUAGGCUUUUAAAAAUACAAAAUCCAUGUGUUUUCAGUAUCAUGACAGAUAUCUUCAGAUAUUUUGAUAUGCUUUGACCAAAUUUGUUCUUUAUAGAUGAACCAAGAUGUCAGUUUUCUAUUAAAAAAUAUGGUUCGUUAAAAAGUAUGGUUCAAGCAUUGCUAUUAUUUUUAUGAGAAAAUUCAGUUUUAAGGAGAGAUUCUUUGCCUACAUAAAAACUAUUAAGGAUUAGAUUUGUCCAUAGUGAGUGAUUUGGUUAUAACUGAGUCAAUAUUUCUGUCUUUAAAUCUGAGACAAGUAUUGUAUUGAAAACCAAAUCUACAUUUACCACUGCCUGAAAAUUUUCUGUUCCAAUGUUAAUGGAUUUUCACUCAUGACGUAGAGGAUAACUUAGUACGUAUUUUAAGAAUCAGUAAAUAUAAUAAACUAAAAACAAAAAGUAAAAAUGAAUUCCCAAGUAAAGAUAUCAGUAUUUUCUGUGUUUUGGUAGAAGUGUAAACAGAGUAGUUUUAAUUUCUAGCAUUGUAGAAUAAAAAACCAAAAAGAUCACCUUAGUUUACUUCUCCAAAAGUACUCCAGUGGUAUAUUUUGUUAGUAGCUUAGAAAUGGAAAUUAAAUAUAAAUGCUCAUUAAAUAAUGCACAGGAUAGACUUAUAAACAGAUUUUGCUUCUGCUUUUAUGUUUAAAAAAAAUGCGUGCUCAAAAACAUUUCAGCCACAGAGAGGUUUUUAAAAAAAUCACAAAAUUGAUGUAUGUCUCACCUACAUGCUUCUGUUAUAUAGUUAAAAGAUUUCUGGUCUUAUUUUAAAGAAACAGUAUUGUUUUAUGACCAGUUAACCCUCCCAGUUCUAAAAUUCAGCUUUAAAAAUAUUGAAUAUACUGUCCUCCCACUUUUGCUUCAAGUUUCAUUUAUUGAAUACCAGAGUCACUUCUUAGAACUGUAUAUAAAAUAAUGUGUCAUCCAUUCAUGAAAAAUGUUUAAGUAUUGCUUUUUGCUGCUAUAUUCUGCAUUGAACCUAGUUUUGCCAUCCACCCAUGAAUAUAGUAUUAUCCGUAGAUUAUACAUAACUACGUCUAUUGUUUUUGGCACUAAGUCAGGAUUUUGUUGUGAUUUUCCAGCUGUGAGAAUGUUGCCUUGUAUUUAAAACGGUUUCAUAAAUGGAAACCUAAGUAAAAUUAAGCUCAUUACCGACAAACUUGCUUUCCUCAUGUCCUUCCUUCACCUAUUCCCCCACCCCCAAACCCCCUCUUCAAUCCCCACCCCACCCCAAAAAAAGAAUAAGGGUGUUUAUUCUUUAACAAGAAGAAUCUUAAAGGAAAUAAAAGUUGCUGUCUUUAAGAUAUCUACAGAAAUUGUUACACUAGAACUUUUAUUUUCCUGUGUAGCUUUUUAAAAAAAAAAAGCAACCUACCUUGGAUUUGUAAAUCAAGCUGAAACUUUUUGAUGUUCAUGUACUCAUAUGUCUUAGAUAUACCGUAGUGCCACUUGUGUAUGUGUAAGUGAAGUAUAAAGCAUGUGCAUUCACUCGAUCUCUUUGAAGUAGGAGGUAAAGCAUUGUGGUGCUGCUGGUUCAUGGUAGAUGUAAGGGUCUGUCAGCACACAUGGAAAGCCCCCAUUUUCACAGAUUUAUAACUUUAAUAAUCCAGGUGCAAUCAGCAGUAUUUAAUAUGCAAUAGGUAGCAACUUAACUAAUUAAUCUGCAUAUGAAGGGUUCUCUGAUGUAUUAAAUAAGAAGUAUAGAAGCUCUUCAAGCAUUAGAGUAGAGUUGACAUUUUAUUUCAUUUAUAUUCUAUGUUAGAAAAUCUCUACAAUGGAAUUGAAAUCUGUGACAAAUGAUACAUUUGGAUUUAUUAAUCUUGGAAGCUUCCAGAUGGUUUGUAUUUUGAGGUACAAAACAAUGCUGCAGAUCUAGAAAUGUAUAUAUUUAGGAGGUAUUUGAAAGAUGUAAAUAGUAUUUAUAACUGAAGAGUAUUCUACUUAUCUUAAAGUAAAUGCUCUAGAAACUUACAUACAUUUUGGAGGUACAAAGUCAAAGUAAUCAUUGCAUAAUGUGAUAAUUGUAUAAUUUAUGUAAUCUGAUGCAUGAAUCAGGAUUUUUAUAUAGUAUAUGAUGAUUGAUUUAUAGUUGAUUAAAGCAUUUAAUCUUAAUUCAGUUGUCAGCAUUUCUUAUUGCAGAUACAACAGUGUUACCAUAAUGUAGUUCUCAUUGUCUCUUAAUGAACACUUAGGCUGCCUUUUAUUAUAUGUAUUGCUGCAAAUAUUCUGUAACAUGUACACACUCAUUUCACUAUGAAAAUGGUUCUGAAAAGUCAUUUGGAGAGUAGUGAAUGUCCUUUCAACAAAUUUGUGAAUGCCUUCCCUUGUAAGGCACUUUGCUUAGGACUUGCGAAUA